AAAUCUUCUCCUUCCCUGAUUGGCUGUUCUGGCUACAGCGAUAGAACAGCCAAUCAGAGAAGGAGUUUGACUGGGAGCGCAACAAAAUGCAAAAAGUGAGCGGGACUUCUUCAGUUGAGUCUGAGGCUGGAAACACUGAAACGUUUUAUUUACAAAAAUGCCCGCAACUUCUGAAAUACACGCCGGGGAGCUGCCGAAGCAGGACAGCUGUGAGAAAGAGGAAAAGCAGCGGCUGACGACGGCGGCCGAGAAGCAGAAAAACUCUGGAUUUUUCUGUGAUGAACAAGGAUAUCUGAGUCUGGUGGAGCACAUCUUGGAGAACGGGCGCUUAAAGGGGGACCGAACCAACACUGGAGUCCUGUCCCUGUUCGGCGCUCAAGUCAGAUACAGCCUGAGAGACCAGUUUCCUCUGUUGACAACAAAGAGAGUGUUCUGGAGAGGGAUCCUUGAGGAGCUGCUGUGGUUCAUCAGGGGAUCAACAAAUUCCAAGGAGCUAUCAGAAAAAGGAGUGAAGAUCUGGGAUGCCAACGGGUCUCGGGACUUCCUGGACAACCUUGGGUUCACUGAUAGAGAGGAGGGUGACCUAGGACCUGUGUAUGGUUUCCAGUGGAGGCACUUUGGUGCAGAAUACACAGACAUGCAUGCAGAUUACACAGGACAAGGUGUUGACCAGCUGCAGAAAGUCAUUGACACCAUCAAAACGAAUCCAGAGGACCGGCGCAUUAUCAUGUGUGCCUGGAACCCCAAAGACCUUCCUAGGAUGGCGCUGCCCCCCUGCCACGCACUCUGCCAGUUCUAUGUGUGCGACGGCGAGCUGUCGUGUCAGCUGUACCAGCGCUCAGCUGAUAUGGGAUUAGGGGUGCCUUUCAACAUUGCCAGCUAUUCACUUCUUACCUACAUGAUUGCACACAUUACAGGACUCAAGCCGGGCGACUUUGUUCACACCCUGGGAGAUGCUCAUGUUUACCUCAACCAUACUGAACCUCUCAAAGAGCAGCUUCAGCGAGAGAUCCGACCCUUCCCCAAACUCAGGAUCCUGAGAAAAGUGGAGAAAAUCGAUGAUUUCCGCACGGAAGACUUUGAGAUCUACGACUACAACCCACAUCCCACAAUCAAAAUGAAGAUGGCUGUUUAAACUCAAGUCACAAUGUUGUUAUGAAUGAACAGUAUGCUCUCCACUGUAAUGUAUGCCUGCUUCACUCAUGCUAAAAGUUCAGUUUUUUUUUCUGUCUGAUUUGGGUGAACUCUCUUUUAAGCCUUAAGCACUUCAAAGUGUUUUUUUUCUCUCUUCAAGUUCUUUGUUUUGUGUUUUAAAUGAUUAUCUAAGUCUGUAAAUAAAGAUGUUAACUUAGUCAGCUUGAGCAGAUAUUUGUUGUUGUCAGCUUGUUGAUAUUUUGUACAUUCAGUGCAAAAUAUGACACUGGUGGGUAACUGGAGAGUUUGCUUGGAUUUUUAGUUUAUUUAAAGCGUUUGAAAAUGCCAGUUGUGACUUUGCAAGAUGUCACAAAAGUUCAAACAUAUGUUCAUAUAUCCUAAUAAAGGACAGGUUUACCAAUUAAAACUAAGUAAAGGAUGUUAUAUAUGGUGAGCCCAGGUUGCCUACUUUACAGCUUUGUCCAUAAGUCUUUAAUUUCAUGUAUUUGCAACUUCCUACAUGCUAACUGAUGAACUGGAGUUGUACACCCAUGAACUAUUUGGCUUAAACAGGGUAGCAGCCUUCAGAUAUCUUGUUAAUAGGUUUCUGCUGCUCAGUUUUUUGUUUUUUUUUCUAAGCACAAAGCACUUACAGAAAGAAACCGCGUGUGUUGAAUCACUAGGCAGAAAUGCAUCUUCCUCAUUUCUGAUCAUUUAAUAAAUAAAAAUGUGAUUGCAAAAAAAUAAAAAAUGCAAAUGAACAAACAUUUCCAGGUCGUGGCUGUCUGGAUUUGAAGGCAACAGGACUUCAUCCUAGAAGCUUGUUCAGUGGUCGGUGCUGAUGAGGAGUCUCGGGUAUUUGACUGCUAAUGGGGUUGUCACCCUGGUGGUGAUCUAACCUUGGUUCAUGUGACCCUGAUGACCCAUGCCUCGAUUCUUGGGAUUACCUCCAAAGUUAUACUUUCAACUCGAGUUCUUAAGACUACUGCUUUUGCUUCAACCAAAACCUCUGGGGUGGAUUUCUCAGUGCAGGCCAGUCAUAAGUACAAAGUACUUAAAUGGGAAUAACAGAAAAAUGAAAUGAAAAAAAAAAAAUUCAUUUUGAUGGUGUGAACUGA